GGCGAGAAUCGCGCGAGCUACAUAGUGUAGGUCGGUGUCACUCACGAACCCACCACACGGUUGUCGCAUGGCUGACUCAAUCAUCAUUGCAGGACUGGUGCGAAUUAAACUGUCUCAUCAUUCGCUGAUUGACCCAGUGACCAUGACGUGCGAUAGACGGACGACACGCAAGCAGGGGAAAGAGGAAGCAAGGCAAGAAGGCAGCCAAGGUAGUCAGUCAGAGGUAUCUAUCCAUCCAACACCAAAACGGACGGAUGGCUGAUGACCCGCAGAAGCCAGAAAGCGAGAAGACCUCUGUCGUCUGCCUGCCUGCAUGGCCAUGGAAUGACGUGAGUGCGUGUUCGUUCCCCUGUUCAUGGAAAGCACUUGACUAAUUAAGACAUGGGGGUGUGUGUCCGCAUCGGCUGGGACGGGGUGGGCUGCGGUGCGGUGCGCCGCACCGACGGCCUUGCCUCUGGCCCGAUAUCUGCCUGCCUGCCUGCCCGGUUGCCCCCCCUCCCCCCUUUCCUGCCUCACUCACUGAUCGACCGUGAAUGUGUAUAUGGCCAUCCGGUUGAGCGCAAAAGCUAUCGGCUCCUUCUUCUCCAUGUGAUAACACUCCAACACCUGUGUGUGAGGUCACACCACAUACACUCUCACUGGCGCGGUCAUGUGGAUGUGAGUGUGGGUAGUUUGUACCUCGAUGUUGCAGACAGUGGUUUGUGAGGUGGCGUCGAUUUGGAAGGGGAGGAGAGAGGAGCUGUCGGUCUUGGCCGAGAACUCCAUCGUCCCGGUCGGCGCGUUGCUGUCCACCAAGGGCACAGUCCUGAACCACACCCAAUGAGUGAGAAGAUGCCCUCCACUUGUGCGCUCUUAUACGAAUUGAGUGGGCGUGUGUCAAGAACUCACCAGGCGACCACGUUGCCCUCGGUGCUGUACUCGCCCACGUCAGCACUAGAAACCUAUACACACACACGCAGAUGCCAACCAAAGGCGCAUCAAUGGAGUGAGUGAGUGGCUGGAUUGACCGGAUCCGUGCGUAGCGUACCGUAGGGUGAGAGUUGGGUGGGCAUGGGAUGGAGAAUCUGAGGUCCUGCAGGGCGAGGUCCGUCUUGGUCAGCUCAAACUCGAUCGUCGCCACCGUCCCGUCGCUCGUAGACGACAUCCAACAACUUACCGACAUCGGCAACAACUCCUGCACACACGCAUGGACAGGAUACACGUGUCCCCGUGUGUGUCUGUGUCUGUGUGUGUGUGUGUGGCUGUAGGUGACCUCGCUCUUGGUUUGCAGCCGCCAUUUGAGCAGCGGCAUGGGGGUGUUCUGUCUGAAACACCGAGAUGCAUCCUGCAUGGCAAAUACACCGAACACAGGUGCCGUCAACACACACACACACACGUUGUGCGGGGGCGUGCCAGCUGCCGUACCCUGAAUUCGAGGAUGCUGUUGGCGUGAGAGCUCUUGUUGAGGUUGGGAUGCACCUUCCACUUGAAACGCUUGUCCUCCGGAGACACCUGAGGAUACACCACAGACGGAUGCACUGAUGUGUGUAGGCAUGUGCGAGCGAGUGCCUCGAUGACCCACUAACCUUGAAUGCGGCGAGGUCUGCCUUGUUGACAUCGAGCACAGUGGCCUCAAACUGGCCCUGGAUGUCCAUGUCGUUCAAACCUGCACACACGAUGGCACGCACACGGAUUGCCACAUGUCAUCGAUGUCUCAUGGCGGGCGGCCAGCUGACGCACCUCCCUCUGCAUGGAGCUGUGCUUGUAUCUUCUCCUCAAUGUUGAUGGUCACGGGCUCUAGCAGGGGAUUCACAGGCGCGGCUCCACGGCCAUUGUCCUCUGCACACACACCACAACGAACACAGCAAUGGAGGGCUGCAUGGUUCUUUAUCUUUCGUGUGUGCGGAUUGGACCCUCGAGGCCGGUGGAUGCGGCCGAUGCGGCCACGGCAGAUGGGGUGGGGCGGAGGGAAUCCAACAACUCGGCUGCAGGCUUCUGCUCACACACACACACACACACACACACAGCGAGAGAGAGAGAGGCAGGCAGGAUGCACAGGGUCCUUUGUGCAGUCAGCCAGUGUCUUACGCCUUACUUUCUUGCCGAUCUGCAUGCCUUUCUUGGGCAACCCUGCCCGCAUCGCGGUAGAGCUGGGUGGGUGGGGUGGGACACACACAAACAUGACAGUCCAUCCGUGAGUGUGUCUGUCUGUCACGCCCACUCACUCCCUACACGCUCAGCUCACUCCAUUUCGUUGGCUCCCGGUGCAGUGUGUGGUGCGCCCCAUGGUGUGGGCUCCUUGUCCAUCAUGUGUUGCGCGGAAGGGUUCAUGUGCAGCUCGUCCUCGAGGCUGAUGCCGCUGCCCGCGGGGUUGGCCUUGUCGGCCUGCUUCUGGAGCGCACGCUGCUUGGCCAGCUCCAGCUGCUUACGCUUCGCGACCUCCUUGGCCUCGUUGAUUUUGCUCUGAUGGCAACACCAGCAACACAACGAUACAUAGAGCCACUCUCGCGGCAUUGUGGGCGGCUGGCUGGCUGACCUGUUCGAUCAUUUGGUGAAGCCUCUCCUCGUGGCUGUCCAUCUCGGUGUAGGUCUUGAUCUGGCUGAGCGUGACGCUCUCCCGGUAGCCGAACGAGAUGACCUCGUCGAAGGCAAAGACGAUGUCGAAGGCGUGUUUGACGACGAGCUCCUCGGUGACGGUGAUCUGGCAGCAGUCCUGCACAAUCUUGGCCAGCAGGCGGAGCGUCUCGAGGUCCUCCAGGAUGUUGCUGGCCUUGUUGGUGAUCAGCAGCAGGUACAACGACUCAAUCGGCUGGUACACGUACCGCACGCUCUCCGUCUCUAUGUACGUGUGAUCCUUGCCUGAUGCAGUGAGCCAUCAUUACACAUACACACACACACACACAGAGGAGCCAUCAAUGCCCGUCGAGCUUGGCACGCACCCAAGGCCUCCCUGUGAAUGAGAUGCAGCUGCCUUUGCUUGUCUUACUUCCGAUUUCGAUGAGUUUGGGGAACGCUGAGAGGAGGCCCUCGACCCGCAGCCUGGUCAUCUCGACAAACUGCCGCGCCACCAGCGUCUUGGCCUUGGUCAAGAUCGCCGCCGAUAGAACCACCAUGACUGACUGACCCUUAUUGACUGACUGACCGAACGCAAGCGGUGGGUGACGUCACUCGUGCCGAUCAAUGCCUGCUGCCCACGCACUCCUCAAUCUAGGCUGUCAGAGCAAAGAUGCAGAGGCCGACAAACACGCCUGUGACGCCUCUUUUCCAAAACGUC